ACGACGGAAGAAAUACGAACUCUCCAUCACGCUUUAAUCUCAAGUAAAUCACAGUGUGCUCCUCCGGACCAGGAGAUUUGUAGCUUCCGCAGUGGCUUGUUCCAACUGCGGACAUUUGCUGUUUGCUGCCCGGACGCGUCCGCAGUGCUGGAUUUUGCUGUUCUUUACAUCUGAAGUGAAUGAGAGUCUCUUCACAAAACCCCGAGACCCUGACGGGAGACUUGUCAUCUUAAAGGAUUUUUUGAAAGAACCUCUAAUUGGACACUUGAGAAGCCAGGAGCACCAAUCAGAUAUCUACAGCUGCACGGGAUGCAAUAUGAAAAUCUGGUCAUGAGCUGGUAUCGGAUGAGAAAUGUGGUCCUCGGAAAACACAAGCACUUCCUACCCUCUGGAAGACUUUGUGUGGGAUCGCUCAGAUACGCAAUCUGAAAAUCUAUUGCACACAACCUGGUCAUAACAGAAGCUUCCUCUCCAGUGUGACAAGAUACCAAGCAUACACUGAAAAGAAAACAAUAAUAAGUUCUCUCAACAUCUCUAAUACAAGUCAAUAAGUUUAAGAACUGAACAACUGUCCAUGUAAUUUCCACAGUACAUCCAAUUAUUCAAAGGCUUGUCCCAUUUUCUUGUAGAAUUUACUUAUUACUCCAUCUAAUAACCUGGUGGAGCCAUGACUGAAGCACAAAUGUCCAUUUCACCUGUGUCCAAUGGACAUGGUUUGGUGACUAGUGCCUUACAUUGCUGGGCCAUGACUCUUGCAUUUUUUACAUUGACAAGGGUGCCUGUUGUCCAAAGUGAUUGUUGGCUUAUUGAGGGUGAAAAAGGAUUUGUGUGGUUGGCAAUCUGUAGCCAGAACCAGCCACCAUAUGAAAAUAUUCCACUACAUAUUAACAGCACAAUUGUUGACCUGCGACUCAAUGAGAAUAGGAUUCGAAGCAUCCACUUUUCUUCCCUGAGUCGCUUUGGCAAUCUUACUUACCUGAAUCUGACUAAGAAUGACAUCUCUUACAUAGAAGACGGGGCUUUCUCUGCCCAGUUCAAUCUUCAAGUGUUACAGAUUGGCUUUAACAAGCUAAGGAACUUGACUGAGGGAAUGCUAAGAGGUUUGGGGCGUUUACAAUACCUUUAUCUUCAGGCUAACCUUAUUGAGACUGUAACAGCCAACGCAUUCUGGGAGUGUCCUGCUAUAGAAAACAUUGACAUCUCUAUGAACAGGAUUCAGCAACUUGAUGGUGCCACAUUUCGUGGUCUGUCAAAGUUGACAACGUGCGAGCUCUAUGCUAACCCAUUCAGUUGCUCAUGUGAACUACUGGGAUUCCUGCGCUGGCUUGCAACAUUCCCAAACAGGACAAGUGAGCGGAUGGUGUGCGACACACCAGCUGGCUUUUCAGGCUACAAUCUUUUAAGCCAGAACCCCAGGAUGCCGAGAUUUCGGAAUGCUUUCCAUGCACUCUCCUCCGUCUGCACUGAUGACAAUGUGACUCCGUAUCUUCAUGGAUCUUUAGAUGGGAGCACUCCCACAAUGUUGCCAGAUUUGAGCCCCUGUGGAUUGGAUGACUGCUCUUCAGGGACAUUUCCAGAGGAGACCAUAAGCAUCAGCCCCACAUUUUUGGGUCCAGAUGCCCGUCCAAUCAUGAAAUUAAAAGAAGUGACCCACACAAGUGCAGUAAUCAUGGUCCAGAUUCCAAAUCCAUUUCGCAAGAUGUACAUCCUUGUCCUUUACAAUAACAGCUUCUUCACGGACAUCCAAAACUUGAAGAGCCGGAGAGAAGAGAUCGAGUUGCAAAACCUCAAAUCACACACUAACUACACAUACUGUGUGGCAUCCAUACGUAACUCCUUGAGGUUCAACCACACCUGCCUGACCAUCUCCACUGGUCCAAGGACUUUGCAAGAACGUGUGACAAAUGACUCAACUGCUACUCACUACAUUAUGACCAUCCUUGGUAGUCUCUUUGGAAUGCUCAUUGUGUUGGGCAUCGUAUUUCAUUGUGUGAGAAAGCACAAACAGCAGGAUGAGCCAAAAAGCAAGAAGCUUGAAAAGAUGAAAAGAAAUUUGAUCGAGAUGAAAUAUGGCACUGAACUGGAACAAGGGACCAUAUCACAGUUGUCACAGAAACAAAUUCUGUUCACUGGUGAUACAGUACAAAGGAUGCCAUACUUGCCAACUGCCAGUGACACAGACCAGUAUAAACUGCAGGAGAUCUCUGGCACGCCAAAGACAACAAAAGGGAAUUACAUGGAAGUAAGAUCGGAGCAACCAGACCACAGUGUUAGAGAAUGCGGUGUUUCUCCAUUGGAAACCAGCCAAGGAUCUGUUGCAGAGAUAUCCACUAUUGCGAAAGAAGUGGACAAAGUUAAUCAGAUCAUUAACAACUGCAUUGACGCCCUUAAAUCUGAUUCAACAUCAUUCCAGGCUGCAAAAUCUGGCGCCGUGUCUACAGCAGAGCCACAGUUAGUUCUAAUAUCAGAGCAUCCACCAGGAAAAUCUGGUUUCCUGUCUCCAGUGUACAAAGGAGGGUACCAUCAUCCCUUGCAGAGGCACCACAGUAUGGAUGUUCCACCAAAGCGUCCAAGCACAUCGUCAAGCGGUUCAUUGCGCAGUCCUCGCUCUUUUCGUUCUGAAGGAGCCUACAGAACAGAAUCUAAGUACAUUGAGAAGACAUCUUUAGAUGAGUCAGGAAUCAUAACAGUCACUCCAGCUGCUGCAAUCCUUAGGGCAGAGGCGGAACAGAUCCGACAGUAUAGCGAGCACAGGCACUCCUACCCUGGUCCCCACCAUAUAGAGGAGUCAAUAGAGGUGUCAGGGAGCCGGAAGUCAUCCAUUUUGGAGCCACUAACACGUUCAAGGCCACGUGAGCUGUCUUAUUCACAGCUCUCACCACAGUAUCAUAACCUGAGUGGCUAUUCCAGCCCUGAGUACACCUGCAGGCCAUCUCUUAGCCUGUGGGAACGUUUUAAACUCCACCGCAAACGCCACAGGGAUGAGGAAGAGUAUAUUGCGGCAGGUCAUGCAUUAAGGAGGAAAGUACAGUUUGCCAAAGAUGAGGACCUACAUGAUAUUCUGGAUUACUGGAAGGGAGUCUCUGCUCAGCAGAAAUCAUGAUUGCCGUUGUAUAGUUCAUCCAACUAAAGAAGACUACACAAAUCUCUGGAACAAACCAGCCAGUAUUAAUGAUUAAGCACUCACUUUUAUAGAAAUAGCUUAGAAGUUUUGCUGAAUUCAUUAGCUCUUUUCAAUCAUUCUGUUUGAGAAUGAAAACAAAAUACAAGAUACAGUAGAUCUCGCAGUGAUUGUAUGUGCCAAGUGGUAAGAAUAGAUGACUUUUAACAGUAUUAACCUCAACUCAACUUUUGAUUUUUAAAUCUUGGAAAUAACAAUAAACUACUAUUAUAUUAUCAUCCUCAUUCAUGAUCAUCAUUGAUUAGUGGUAUUACUGUUAAGAUUGAUUAUUCUAAUUAUUACAAUUAAUCUUUGGUUAUCGCAUGGCCGUGUCCUGUGACAGUAUUUUGACUGUUGUGUACUUGGAGAAAAGAACAUACAAAUCAAAAUGUCUGCCGAACACUGUUCUCCACAACCUUAGAUUUUUAUAUGGACUGUGCUACAUUGAAAAUAUUCUUUUUUUUUCUUCUUUAGUGACUGUUCAAAGGACAACUGCUCAAUUUGCCACAGAAGCACACUUCUAAUGGAUUUUAAAACAAUGACUUUUUGGGGGGGGUGGGAGCUUGUGUUAAUGCUUUCUUCACUCGUUUUCGUAAAGUUUACAUGUUCAACAAUACUACAGUAUGAAUGUUUCAAGUCCUUGUGACUUAAACCUGCAAUGUGUGAUUUCAUACAAAUGCACACAACUGCCAGGUGGAAAUGUUUUUUGGCUUUUUAUUAUUUUAUUUUAUUAACAAUCUCCAAGCAGUGCUACUGAAAAAACUGAGCCCACAAUGUCUGUCUGUCAAAACAUCAUGUACUGGUCAUGCAUACUGGAGAAUGAAUGUACUGUGCGUUAAAUCUGUUUUUCUCCAACAUCAUCCUUAGUAACCUCCAAGCUUAGGGCUAAGUUAAACUAAAACAUAGUACCAUUCUUGAUUGCGAGACUUUGAAAAAUAUCUCCAUGUACUGUCUCAGUCUAUCAAAGCUAUUACUAUUACAAGCCUACUACUAAACCACUGUGAACCCCAGACCACACUGAAUCAGUCCUGUAGUUUUUUUUCUACAUAAAUUUAACAGAGUUGUCUUCUUCAGCCGUUAACCCAGCUCUGAAGUGCUGAUCUAGGCAGUGCUAAUAGCAUAAUCUUUCCUCACCGCCAUUAAUGCUGAUAGACAAUUAAGAUUGUGCUGAUUAGAACAUUAGAUUUGGCCUUUAAAUUUGGAGGAAACAGUAUCAUUUCAGACCUGUACUGUGAAACCAGUUAUAACAACACCCUGCUUCAUGGAGUGGUAUUGAAAUGCAGGGAAAUAAAAGGUAUGACAUUUAAACUGUAUGUGAAUCCAAGUGCAUGUCAAAUGCCUGACAGAUAUAAGACCAAGAGCGUACAGUUUUGGUAAACAUCGUCUCAUGACUUAUCGUGAUGAUUUGUACGAGAUGGGAAAAUUGUAAGAUAUUGUACAACUUGGCUCAUAUGAAAAGUAUUACUUUUCUUUCCUUAGACCAACAAAUCAACAAACAGAAUUUCAAAUCAAUAGAAUACAAGCAUUACAUUUUAGCUAGCCUCCUAUCCAAGACUUUAUUUUAAGAAAUUUGGUCACUCAUUCCAUAUUUAUUUAUGCAAUACAAAUAACUGAUGUAAGUCAGUAACCUGUAAUACACUUCCAUCGUCUCAUUCCAAACCCUGAUAUUUUUGUCCCUGCUCCACAAAAUGUAUCUUCUUACUAAAAUCAGGGUUAGGGUCAGGGUUUGGCUAAGGGAUUACACUUUAUGGUAAGGUUAUGGUAAGGCUUAGGUAAGGGGUUAAACUUAGGAAAAAUCGUAAGAUCAAAACCCCAAUGUUGAUUUUACAGUAAUUUUACUAUUAAAAUCAUGUUUAGGGUUUGGCCAAAUGGGUUAGUUAAGUUUAGGUUUGCGUUAGGGGUCUGUUUAUUUUUUCUCUAUUGGACUAAAAGUUGCACAUUUUUGUACAAGCCAACUCAUCUGAUUUCGCCAUCUCUUACUAAUAUGACAUGAGACUGGGUUGGUUUUGGUUUUAAUCAUCAUAUUCACUUGCCCAAAACAUGGAAGGAUUGUUUGGAAUGCUGUCAAGUUAUGAUUUACGUAACAUAUAUACAGAAGUAAUAUGUUUAUAUUUAGCUAUUUUGUUUAUCCAAAUGAUUUAUUUAUGAAAAUGCUGUUUUUGUUGUCAUGCUGAUUGUUAAACUGAUGUACUUUAAUAUUUCUGUACUGCAGCCUGGCCAUGAUCAUGGGCUUAUUUUUGUUCAUCAUCAUCUCACCCCUAAUACAAAAUUUGUUUCUGUUGUUUUAGAAUUAAAGGUGAAUUGUGUAAUUUUUUCAAUGUAAAAAUACCUUCUUCCAUAACCAGGCCCACACAGCAACACUGGCUCAACCAAUGGCAAAAGUUUGGGGCAAGGCUAUCUGUUUGUCUGACCAAUUGCAGAUAGGGGAGUGUUUUUAAAAAACUUUUGUUUCCAGUGUAGAAAUUACACAUGUCAUCUUUAAGCCUAAAAUAUUUAGCCACUGCAACAAUUUGAUCAUUUCUGGGAGCAUUUACUUAAUGAAGGUCUCUAGGAAAGGACUAAUGCAUGGUAAUAGAGACAAUAUCAUUAUUUAAUCCAAAUGUUUUUAUAAAUGAAUGGAAUAGGUCUUCUUUAAACAACCAGGAGAUUAGACUAGAUUAUUUUCCUAAUUAACCUGUACAUGAAGAUAACUGAUUAAAAGUAUUAUUAUUCUAAAAUAUUGAAAAACAAGUCCAUGUACAAAUUUUUAGUUUUUAAGGUUAAACUUUCAUACACUGUAUCUCAUCAGCAAGUCUGUUCAGUUGAUUGUCAUUUUAAAAAAACUGCUAGUUGUAGCACUCCUGAUUUACCAUGGACACCGAAAUAAAGUUGAAAAUGACUUGGUAAAUGUAAAGACGCCUAAAAACGGCUACGUGUAGUGCACAGGCUGCUUGUAAAAGAGAAAGAAUGGAUAUCAAAGGGCUUUCCUGUCUGGUGGAAAUGUCAAAGAGCACAAUAA